AUGACAACAGCCCUCUUCAACUUCCAAUCCCUGCUCCUCGUCAUCCUGCUCACAAUCUGCACCUCCACAUACGCCCACUACGUCUUCCCCGGCAUCAUCGACCGCAACAAGGAUAACUACUUUGUCUCGCCGCUGUGGAAGGCUGCGCGUGUGGGCGAGCGACUGAGCCCGUAUGUUAGUCUGGCGUGUGUGGUUAUGGCUGCGUUUGAGUUUAUGGGAUGA